AUGUUAUCGAAAUUGUUAUUUUUACUUGGUGUAUCAAGUAUUUUUGCGCUUGCAUCCGUCGAAAAUGAUCAAAUAAAUUGGGCUUGCGCUCCAGGGACCUCAAAUUGUUUCUGGGUUUCGCCUUUUGAAUAUGAGAAAUCGGGCGGGUGGAAGCUUUUCUCGUGGGAUGAAGCAAGAGAGAAAUGCAAGGGAAUCGAUCCGAAAGCUGAUCUCGCAACGAUACACGCAAAAGAGGAAGAUGAAUUUGUACUUGAUCUCAUUCAAUCGAAAGUGAUGGAGCUGGGUGACGUCGGUGGAAUGAGUGACUAUGGGAAAUGUUGGAACAGUCACGUGUGGAUCGGGUUCCGUUUCGCUGCCAACACAUCACCUCGAGACGAGGAGCCGAUCAAUUACCCCGAUAGAUUACCCCAUCUUCCACCACUUCCACCACUUCCAUCGCCUCCAUCACUUCCACCACUUCCACCACUUCCAUCACUUCCACCACUUUCCAUCAUUCGCCCGAGACGUGCUGCAUCGACUUCGGAAAAUGUUUUCUCGUGGGCUGACGGAACUUUUGUCGGUUAUCAACAUGAGCCAAAUCAUUGGCAUCCCGAUGUUGAGCUCGAAUAUGUGGCAAUGAGCGAUCCAACGUGCACCUCAUCGAUCGACGGAAAUGAUUAUGGACACCGUCGAUGGGGAUGGCUUGAACAUCAACAAGCACAUCAAAUGGCACGAUAUCUUUGUGGGAAAACAAGGGCU